CCGAUCCUAGGAUAUGCAAAAACACGAGGGCUCGGAAAUCGAAAUCUCCGAUGGCGAAGGCCACCGGUCCUAUCGGACCUAGUCUCCCGCUUCCUUCUUCUUCCCCUCUUCCGUCUCCCAGCGGACAAGAAAGAAGACAGAGCGAGAUAAAAGGGCGAGAGGCGACGAGAUGGGGGCUGAGGAGAAGGGCUGGAAUCCGGUGGCGGCCAUGGAGGAAAUUAGAGAAGUGGGACGUGGAGCUCCGGAGGAGCGCCGGAAGGAGAAGGAGAAGGAGAAGGACGGUGUUCCGUCGAUCCCUUCGUCUACGAAGGAGAUCGAUAUUUCUCUCCCUUUCGCCGAAAUGAAGCCUUCGAUCAUAGACCUAUGCAAGGAUUUGUUUAGGAAGUGGUCUUCUCUCGACAAUUCAUGUUUCUCCAUCGAGACAGUUUCUGGUGGUAUCACAAAUCUAUUGCUGAAGGUAUCUGUGAAAGAAGAAAGUGGCAAUGAUGUUUCUCUGACGGUUCGAUUGUAUGGUCCAAAUACAGACUUAGUGAUUGAUCGCAAGCGAGAGUUGCAGGCCAUACCAUAUCUAUCAGCAGCUGGAUUUGGUGCCAAAUUGCUAGGAAUAUUUAAAAAUGGCAUUAUUCAGUCAUUCAUCAAUGCUCGUACACUUUCACCAUCAGGAGCUAACAGACCUUCUAAAUGCCCCUGUGGUCUUUGCCCAUAAUGAUUUACUUUCUGGGAAUUUGAUGCUAAAUGAUGAAGAAGGGAAACUCUACUUCAUUGAUUUUGAGUAUGGAUCAUACAGCUAUAGAGGCUAUGACAUUGCAAAUCACUUCAAUGAGUAUGCAGGCUUUGACUGUGACUACAACUUGUAUCCAGAAAAGAAUGUGCAGUGUCAUUUCUUCCAGAAUUAUUUGCGACCUGAUAGACCACAUGAGGUACCUGACAAAGAUCUUGAAGCCCUUUACAUUGAAACAAAUACCUUUAGGUUAGCAUCACACAUUUACUGGGCUCUAUGGGCUCUUAUCCAGGCGAAGGUGUCUCCAAUUGAUUUUGAUUACCUUUGUUACUUCUUCCUUCGCUACAAUGAAUACAAGAAAGAGAAGGAAGCCUGCUUCUUCCUGGCACAAAAAUAUCUCUCUGGGUCACGAGUUUGACGAGCCCACUGUAGCUACAGAUUGCCUCCAAUUCUUUUUGCUUGCAUCCUGGUAUAGAAUGUAUUUAUUUCAGCUAUUGUAUUCCUUUCCGUGGUUGUCCUCAAUAACUCUGUUUGCUUUACCAUGCAAAGACGAGUACAGUGUGAAAGUUACUGGUAAAGCUGGAAGAGGCAACCGUUCUAGAUGAAGAUGGUCUUUACACACAAAAUUUCCCAGUAUCUCUAGCAGGAUCUUACCAAAAAGAUUCUCUAGCUGAGGAGGAUCUAUAUGAUGGAUAAGUGCAUCACCUAAAAGCCCUUCCUUUUUAUUAAAUGGGCCCGGAGAAAAUAAAAAAUUGAUCAGGAGAGUUUGCUACUUGUUUUCUUAACUUGUAAGAAGUCCUGGAAUUCUAAUGUUUGCUAUAACUCUUUCCCUUUGAUUUGGUUAGCCUUAGCCUCCUAAGCUUGAUGUAUCUGAAGUAUUGAUGAGAAGAGUUUCGCUGCUGCUGUUAUUAUAGCUGUUAAAACAGGAAGCUGAACUUGUUUUAAGCAGUUCUCAGUUUUGCUACUGUACAUUCUACUCUGUUCUAGCGUAAUGGUUUUGAUUCGGUAGAUAAAGAUGAAAUAAUCGUGUGUAAUUGACAUGUCUACUUUUCUAUUGAAAUAUAUGAACAACUUGAGUGAGGCAGACAA